CCAAUUUCUUGUUUUUAUUGCUUUUGAGCAAAUAAUGAGUCUUUCGACUAAGCAGAGUGUUAAUAGAGCUAUAAAUCCUUGGGUUCUUCAUCUUCACAAAAUGGGUCUGGAGCUUAGAUGUCCUCACUGUUUGGAUUUGUUUAAACGACCAUUGUUGAUGCCGUGCGACCAUCUAUUUUGCGAUUCAUGCAUAGCCCGAAAUGAGUUUGGAUCAGAGUGCCCUAUUUGCAAAGUCCUAUGUGCAGAUCGAGCUGAAAAAGACUAUGCUGGUUGUAGAUAUAAGGCCUCUGACCUUCAUGGAGAAUAUAAUGGGAUCUGAAACCGACUGUAAAAAGCUGAGGGGACAGUUGAGGUUGAUCUUCUAUCUUUUUUCAGAGCUUGGCAUUCUGUUGUAUUGGUCUCGAGUGCUACUAAAAAUAAGUUUUGGUCUUUCCUCCUCAAAGUCAUCGUCACUAGAAUCAGCACGAGUGACUGGUGCUCUCUUGCUGAGUUUUCUACUCACUUCAUCACUUCCUUUCGGUUCUCGAUUCUAAGAUCCAGAACUAGUUGAAUCCUCCACUAGGGAAGGGGAUGAUGGCUUAAAUCCAGCGGAUGUAUCAUUCUCUGCCUCCGAAGAGGAUAAAGCAUAUGGUGGAUGCCUAUAGCCCUUAUUUCGGAUGCCAUGUCAAAUUCCCUAAGUUCAAUUCCCUACUUUCCAUGUCCCCAGACAACGGUUGAUUGAAAAUACUGUUUUCAGCUUGGUGCGAAUCCAAAUUCUUUUUAUGACUACCAAUAGUAUAAUUGUUGUUCCUACCGAACUUGUCUACCUCCUCUUCACUUUCUGAACUAUGGCAGUAAUUAUCGAAAGUGGGAGGCAACUCAUGUACAUGUGAAGGGCUUGCUGCUGAGCUUGUUGAACUUUCAAAGAAGAUAGAAGUAGAUCGCUUCUCUGAGAAAAUAUGCCAAUUUAAAUCUCAAGAGAAAAGAGAAAAAUUCUCAACAGAAAAGUUUUCCGACUUCCGACGAUUUAAAUUUGAUACACCAUAAAGAUCAGCAGCAAAAGUACCUGAACUAGA